CACGAGCUGGCACGCGCCACUCUCGUCCCAGAGUAAAUAAGCGACCGAGCCCGACUCUCCUGAGCACCGUAAAUAGAGUCCGAGUGGGCGGAGAGCCGCCCGGCACCGCCUGCUCAUGUCGCUGCAGAGUCAAGUGUCCGGCCGCCUGGCACAGCUACGCGCGGCGGGGCAGCUGCUGGUUGCCCCGCGCCCCUGGCCCGGCCGCUCGGCGGGUGGCCCGCGGCCCCGCGGCAGUGCGUGCAGUCCCUCGGUGGCGAUAAGCGCGCACAGCCUCUGCGCGUGGCCCUCGGCGGGAGUUGGGGCGUGGGGGGCAGCGGGGCGUGGAGCCUGGGUGCGCACCUGGGCCCCCCUGGCCAUGGCCGCGAAGGUGGACCUGAGCACCUCCACCGACUGGAAGGAGGCCAAAUCCUUUCUGAAGGGCUUGAGUGACAAGCAGAGGGAGGAGCACUACUUCUGCAGGGACUUCAUUAAGCUGAAGAAGAUCCCCACAUGGAAGGAGACCGCGAAAGGGGUGACUGUGAAAGUGGAGGACCCCAAGUAUAAGAAGGACAAGCAGCUGAAUGAGAAAAUCUCCCUGUUCCGAGGGGACAUCACCAAGCUGGAAGUGGAUGCCAUUGUCAACGCUGCCAACAACUCCCUGCUCGGAGGUGGAGGGGUGGACGGUUGCAUCCACCGGGCUGCGGGACCCCUGCUCACGGAUGAGUGCCGCACCCUGCAGAACUGCGAGACAGGCAAAGCCAAGAUCACCUGCGGCUACAGGCUGCCAGCCAAGUACGUCAUCCACACAGUGGGGCCCAUCGCUGUGGGCCAACCCAGUGCCAGCCAGGCGGCCGAGCUGCGCAGCUGCUACUUGAGCAGCCUGGACCUGUUACUGGAGCACCGGCUGCGCUCGGUGGCUUUCCCAUGCAUCUCCACAGGCGUGUUUGGGUACCCCAAUGAGGCGGCAGCUGAGGUAGUGCUGACUGCGCUGCGGGAGUGGCUGGAGCAGCACAAGGACAAGGUGGAUCGGCUUAUCGUCUGUGUGUUCCUCGAGAAGGAUGAGGACAUUUACCGAGAGCGCCUGCCCCAUUACUUCCCAGUAGCCUGAGGCUCCUGAAGCCCACCCUGAAUGGGACUGACCCACCUGGGCCUGUGGAACCUCGCUCCCAACUCUAAGAGAGGUCUCGGAAGCCAACUGCUUGUUCCAGCCUGACCAGCGCUGGGUUGUCCUUCCCCUCAGCGUAUCCUGCCCUCUUUCAGAAGCCUCUUAAUAAAGCUGUCUGAUUCAGCCUCACUUGUCCAAGUGCUGGGGUCUGGGUCUGACUGGGGCCCAGGAGGAAGGUAGCCCUUGGUAGGAAUAUGGUGUCUUGGGCACUGUUUUUGCUUCAAGAGGCUACAAGAGCCCUGGGUGCACCAGGCGGGUGAGUGAGGCAUUGGCCAGACAGCAGAGGCGGCGGCAGUACUUCACAUUUAUUGAGGGCCUGCCCCCAAGGAGCUCACAGCCUGGGCUGAGACCCCACAUGUGCUGGGUGGGAGGAGAAAGCGAAGAGGCAGGUAAUGCAGAUAUGGCUCAAGCAAGAGGGUGCAGAGCAAGCACAGGCAGGGGACUCUGGGGAACAGUACAGGCAAGCCUUGCCUAGACAUGAGGCCUUAUGUUCCUCCCACACCAGGCCAGCUCCUCCACCUACCUGGUCAGCCUCCUCCCAUAACCUCUCAUCUCAGGACUCCUCAAUCAUGCAGACCCCUGGAGGUGGGCAGAAAGCUGUGACCUGUGGGCCCUGGCCAGAACAGCAAAUCUAGAACUAGUCUAAGGGGCAGCUUAGAGUAUGGGUGACCAGAGACCUCCAACCAAGUUCCCAAGGAACUUCCAAAGUUCCCAUGAAAACCCCUAGAAAGUCAAGGAGAAAAGGGGGCAGACUUUAGGGUGGGUAGAAAGCAGAACUCCAAGGAACCUGGAGGCCUAGCCUCCUCAAACUUCUCUUGGCAGAAAUGCUUGGGGGUAACUAGGUAGAAAGCUAGGGGAUCCACCCUGGGGGAAGGGACAGCCAGGCACACAGCAGCCAGCGGGCAGGUAAGGCAGGUAAGGCAGAGCAGGGAAACGCACACUCGGGCUCACCACCAGCAUCCCCUUUAAUAAAACAUGGAAGGUGUGUGACAGGAUAAGGGAGGAGUGAAAACAUGACCAUUUACAACCACAAAAAAAAAAAAAAAAAAAAAAAAAGAAAAAGAAAAAAGAAA